CCUACUAACUUUUUCUUAAUAGCAGAAAUGCCUGAGAUCUAUAACAUUUUGAGAGGAUCUCCAGUGCACAAGCCUCUUCAAGUCUUUUUUCAAAGUGUUAGUUGUUGACUUUGUAAUUUGUGCUUCAAAACAGAUUCCCUAGAAGGUAGAAUUUGCCUACAUCUUCGCAUGCCUGCAGGGUUUCCCUCUGUUUGGACGCACGGUCCCAGCUAAGGAGAAGCAGCCCCAAUAGAAUGAUUCCACCCUCAGGUUUCAUUGUCGGUCUGCUGUAAUCUGGGUGAUGUGCUACAUAAUUCUAUACCAAAUAUAUCUCAUUAGAAUUUUGCUCUAAAUUCUACAGUGGCCUCCUCCAUGAGCAAUAAGAUCAUGUAUGAUGAUAUUAUCAUGACAUAUAUGAAGUGAUCAGUGCUUUCCAGUGACCAAAAGAUCUUUCCUGAUGGAUUCCUUCCAGCAGUUUAAUUCUGUUCAUGGUUUGUAAGCUCAUAAUGAAUGCUUUGGCAGGCCAAUGAGACCACAAAAGUUUGGAAAUAAUGUAGAACGUGAUCUCGAACAUGAUCAGAUAAUUCUGUUGCGGCCGGUUUAUUUAAAAUUAUUGCACGAUUGUCGGGCGAAGUUGUUAACAGAGUUCCAGAUGAACGGGAAUGGACACAGGAGGCGUCUCUACUCGAAUGAUGGAUCAGCUUGACUUGCUUUAACUGCUUGUGUGUCCAGGAGAUAACAAGAAUGAAGAGCAAUUUACAUUCCACAACAGAGAAAAUGGACACCUUGAAGGGUGCUCCAAGGUUAUAACCAACCCCCAACCCCCUCCCUGCCUUUAUCAUGUUUAUUCCAGGAUAAUUCCCUGCUCAUACCUUCUGCUUAAACCUACUUUGGUGAGUAGUGAAGGACUUUUUUUUCUAGCAUGUUCUAUUUCAGCCAUUAAGACAUUCCUUUGAGAAUCAGUGCUGUUUGACAUCAAAACCAUUAGUAAAAUAAAUCCCCAGAUCCUAACUGGAGGCCAAGGAUACAUGGUAUCAAACGUGUUCUGUGACCUUGUUUGCUGUUUAAUCAAAAAAGGUUUUCUCUGUUUUCUCUCUGGUAACAAGAGGUGUGUCUAUGAAGUGAAGCUGAUGUACUUCUCGUGUCUCGUGCCCUCCCUCUGCACUUCCAUUUCAUCCCUGCUACACAACAUUCCUCCUGUUAGUCCGAAUACUGGAAAGCCACAUUGGAUAUCUAUGGAGGCUCUUGGAGCUACACUGCUUAUUAUGAAUUGGGUCUUGGUUCUGGGUGCUGCUGCCGCCGUUGAUUGUGGCGGCUUUGGGCACCUCGAGAACGGGCGCACGUUUUUCCGUUACGGUGGACUGUACGUCACUUUUAGCUGCAAUCCAGGGUUCAGGAUGCACGGCCACCGCAUUAGCAGCUGUGUGUCUGGCCAGUGGGUCAGACGUCCACCACUGUGUGUCGCUCCAGGUUGCCGUAGUCCCGGGAAAAUUCUGCAUGGCAAUGCAUUGAUGUCUCCUGAUGGUUCACUGGUCCACUUCACCUGCAACACUGGCUUCGGGCUGUUCGGCUCACCAUUUCUUUACUGCAAAGGCAAGAGCUGGAAUGGCAGCACUCCUGUGUGUAAAGGGUUAACCCCAUGCAUUAUGAACAACGGUGGCUGCUCCCAAGUGUGCCGGCUGAACACGCACAAUCGGGCCGAGUGUCGCUGUGAUCCUGGCUUCCAGCUGCUGGGGGACCAAAUGACAUGUCGAGAUCUGGACGAGUGUGUGGAGGGUCUGCAUGAGUGCCAGCAGGUCUGUGAAAACACCUUCGGCUCCUACAGGUGCAGCUGCACCCCUGGUUUUCAACUUUCGUUCGACAGGAUUUCCUGCACUGAUGUGAACGAGUGCAUGCUGCCUGCUAGCAUGGCUCGCUGUGGUUCGGAUGCGUGAACACACCAGGUAGCUUCCACUGCCUCUGUCCUGCUGGGUAUAGCGCGAACAUCACAGAUGGACAGUGCGAAGAUAUCGAUGAAUGUAUGGAGAACGGGGUCUCGGGCCAUGUGCGAGCGCAUGCGUAAACACUCCAGGUUCUUUCCGUUGCACUUGUCCGAAUGGAUACCAGCUGGCCGGGGACGGGACCACAUGCAUCUCAGAGUGUCCACCAGGAUAUCAUAGAAGAAACCCUUCAGAUCCACCAGUGGGAAAUUCAACUAUACUGGCUUGUGUUGAUAUUAACGAGUGUGAGGAGAUGCAACAUCACGAGCAGCACAAAUGUGAAUGGAGGUGUGUUAACUUGCCGGGUACACACCGUUGCGUCUGUCCACGUGGAUACACGUGGCAUCCGAAUGGAAAACAGUGCAAUGAUAUCAAUGAAUGUAGACUGAGGAAUGGGGGCUGCUCUCACACAUGCAAGAACCACAGAGGCGGCUUUAAAUGCGCUUGUCCUGAAAAUUCCCGUGUCUCUCCUUACAACAGGAAGACGUGCCAGCCAGUUUAACGUUCAACACUCUGUAACUCCACUCAUCCACCAUGUCAUACAAGUGUAAGAUGUAAUGUAUUUAAAGUCGUCUUUGCAUAUGAAGUUAAAAGUGGAAGAAGGGUGAUUAUUUUAGUCUACUAAUGACUAACUCGAUGUCCUGGAAGUGGAUCUGGUUGGUUUUUCUACAUAUGGCUGGGUGAUUUGUGGUUGUGGUCGUUUUCAGCUGUGAGAUUUGGGGGUUAUUUGGUUGGCAAAGCAUUGAAACAUAAGGGUAUUUAUAGUUAUGGGGCAAUUCAAUAACGGCGACUCUGAGAUUGUGAGAGGGUAUUUGUGGCGUUGAGAUAGUAUCUUGGAGCAUGGAUUCAAUAUAAUAUAAUAUAAUUGUGAUCGGCUGCAGAAGGAAAUGUUCUGAGCAUUUCAUUGUAUUUAUUUUAUUAGUGUAAAAUCCAAAAUGAAUUAAAUUGACUUUUAAUUGAAUUAAUAAUAUAUACCGUGGGUAUAUGACAAUUGUGUCCACUAGGUGUAGCGGUAAUGGCUGUAAAUACCUCAGAACAUUAAAUGUAAGGACAGGGUGAUUGGGGCACCCCCUAGUGGCCAACAGAAAAGUGUAAAAAAUGGGUCACAUCCCUUAUGAAGAUAAGGAAAGGCAAAAAAACGAAAAGUUAACUACAGGAUAACAGAGGUUAAAAGACAAGUAAAUGUGCUUUGCUUGCGUAGUUCAUGCUAAACAGAUACAAAUUUAAUUCGCUCUGGAUGGGAUUAACAACUUGUAUCAUGCCACGGUGUUUGUUUGACAGGUGUUUCUUUUGCCUACAUCUUCCCUGUUCAAACAACUAAUACCUCUGAAUAUCUGUUUACAGUUUGAGGCAUUAGCAUCAUCUGGGUUCAAAUAAAUAAAUAAACCAACAUGAAGACCAAAGAGGUGUCUAUGGGAGAACAAACAAAGUCAUCUGAGAAUCCAUCAAGCACCAGACACAAUUUCGGUCAGUCAGGGAAAUCUGCAGUUGAUGACAAAGUCUUGACUUUAUCAACAACCUCCUACAACGCAGGAGUGAAGGAAACUCAACAAUAAAAAUCAGAAGGCCUUGUACAGGGAUGAGUUACAAAAGCUUUGGGAUAAGUCCUAGUGAUUGACUUGGCCUGUGUGAAACCUUCCUUGUUUUUCUCCUUAAUUAAAUCUUUGGUAGAGGUCCAUCUUAAUUCCAAUUACAUAUGCCAAAACAGACAGGAACUAAAAGGAGCUGUGGUACACGUCUGGAGAAACAUCACAAAAAUGUGAAUCGUUCAUUUUAAACAGCCUAAAAAAUGUUAGGCAAGGGAUAUGCAACCAAAUUUUCAGUGUGGUUUAUUUUAAUGUACAUUUACAGCUAUUUGUUUCUAUACUUUUGCCCCCACCUUAUACAAUGCUUUAAGUAUCUCUUUUUUACAGAUACUUUUCCUGACCAUCUGUUAUUUUCCUGACUGGCCAUGUUAAAUGAAAAUAAAAAAGCCAACAAAGUGUAUUUUCAGAACACUUUUAAUAUAUAACAACGUAUUUACAAAUAUUUAACAUUUGACACUAUGUAGUUAGGAGAUGUUCCUACAGGUGUCGCUAUUUAACAAAUUUCCGACAUAAAUAUAAUUUCACCAUUGGCUCCUCUUGUAGCCCAUAACUACAGUAAGAAUAAAGUAGCGCAACAGGCUACGAAGUCAGCUGCAAAGUGUUGUCUUUCUUUCUUUCUUCUUUUUUUUUCUUUUCUUCUUCUCGACUUUAAAUUACAAAAAUACCGCUGUCCCCCAACACAAUAUUAAUAGCAAAUCUAUAGCUUAAGAUUCAUCACAACACGCACGGAAGCUCGCAUGUCUGCUUGAUGGACGUUCGAUAGGACGAAACGAAAAUGAACAAACAAACAGGAACGAAAAACGCGGUUGGUCCUGGAAGCCAGAUUCCUUAUACGUCGUGGUAAAAACGGGGACAGAUGGAGUAAAGAGCAUGACGUAAAAACAGUAGUCGUUUUUUCCCCAGUUUCUUUGGGAGAUUAACAACAUGGUAUUCGGGCUAAUUUUUUUUUCACAUUUUUAGAGGUUUAGCAGAUAAAAUUUUUUCACAAUGGAUAGGUAAGAAAAUGAUCAGUAAUCAGUGCAUUUCUAGGCACCUCCGAAAUCAAGUAUAUAGCAAUUUUAUAUCAGUUUUCAUUGAAAGGAAACAGCUUAUUGCAUCAUCGGAGAUCAACAGCAUCUUCAUCUCCUUUGGCAAGAGAUUACCUUUAACAAAAUCAGGCUUCGGUACAAUAGGGAUAAAGAUGCCGAGUCAGAGUU